UAUUUCACACUCUCGGGGAACAAUUGAUAGGUAAAACAACAAAAGUUUUUCAUGGAUAUAUAAAUCAGACGUUGUGUGAGAGUCAACAAUGUAAUAAUAUUCAAAUAACCAUAUGAAACUGUAAAAAGUAAAACCAUUGAGAAAUUUGCCGGCAAUUUUUAUGUUGAUUAUAUGAUAGUUACUGUUUUUUUAAGUAGAGUAAGUUAUAUUUGAUUGUUUGCUCUUUUGCUUGUGUUCAAAUUGAAUAUAAUGUUUGGUGUCAAUGAUCAUGUGUCUUUCCUGUUGUUUACAGUUUGAUGGUUUAAUUUAUUAUAUUGUUUUACUGUAUAUAUUGUGUAUACUGAGUUUACAAGUACUUUGUUUUUAACUGCCACUCCACAUUCUGCCACAUUCUUGUUAGUGAAGAAUGUAUGAAAUUUGAGAGGGCCAGCCUACUCCCUUGAAUGAGAUGAAUUCUGGCAUUCGUGAAACUCAGUUCUGAUUGGUCACAAAUCCUGUGAUGUUGGGGCUCAACCCAUCCCUUCUUGACUGAGAAGUCUUUGGGGAUUUUUAAGUCCUUUUUUUUUUUUUUUGCAGCUUUUCCCAUGCUCUGCAUUCCAACUCAAAACUUCUCUGUAGCUGUUCCCUUUUGCCCACCAUGAGUCCCUUGGUAAGCUUGCUCCUUGUUGGACUGCUUCACCAGACCACGAUGGCGGUCCGAAUGGAUAAACUAGCAGAUCGCAAGAUGUGCGGAGAUGCAGAAUGUUCAUAUGUUCUUUCAAUGGCCACAGCUGUGGAUGACUUCAUAGCUCCUGACUGCAGAUUCAUCAACAUAAAAAAGGGUCAGAUGGUUUAUGUGUAUUCUAAACUCAUACCACCAGAUGGCGCUGGAGUCUUCUGGUAUGGAAGUGUGUACAGUCAGCGGUAUGUGGACCAGAUGGGUAGAACGGGAUAUUUCCCUGCAACUGUGGUGAAAGAGACCAGGACGUUUACAGACAACACAGUUCGGAAGCAGACCACUGAUAUGGACUUCUAUUGUGAUUAGUGGACAAGAGACUGAAUACUCCGGAGUUCCCCUUUCAAUGUCCUGUUUUUUUUUUUUUUUAUAAAGAGCACUCAUCUCUGUCAAAUUCAUACAUCAUACAAAAAUAAUUUGAUGUAUUGCAUUUAGGAAGACAACUUCAGAUUCUCCUCUCUUUGUAGCACUUCUUUCCAUCGUUGCUGUUGACACAAAAAUGUAAAGAUCAAGCUAUUUUUUUUAAAUAAUAAAAUAUAUAUAUGUCACUUCAAAUGAAAAACAAUAAAGGAACUGAUUUCUUUUUAGAGAUGGGAAUUGGGUAAUUUUCUAUUUCUGUCACACUGUAGAUACAUUAUUAAAUUCAAAAUGCCAUAAUAAGCAUUAGCACAGACAAUCAGAGAGACACAAAUGUUAACUCAAAAAUUAAAUCUAAUAGUAAGUGUAUAGACAUAUGUUACAAACAGUUAUUGUGACACAUAGGAGAACUACACACAGGCAACAACUGGAGCAAAAUAGAAAACUAAAGACUGGCAGAUGGGGGAUUCAGACAACAGAAAAUAAAGUAAUAAUACUAAUUUAUUAAUCACUUUGUUAAUCCAUAUCCCACAUUACUUCAGCUUGCUGACAAGAAUUCAAUGGUUUGUUAGAGGUCAUUAGUGACUGAGCAGCAAAAUAAACACCAUACGACACAGCAAACACUCCAGGUUUCUCUUUAAUCCAUCACCUGAAAGGGAGAAAGAGGACACCACAACUACCACCAUGACAAAUCUACCAAAAACACUCUACCUAAAUGAAUAGGCUGUGGAAAGAGCAUUAAUCAGAGAAGCAGCCAAAAGUCCCAUGAUGAGUCUUGAGGGGCUGCAGAGAUCCAAGCAAGAGGUAUAAUCAGGGAACAGAACAUCUGCUGUCUGUGCGCUCUACACGUCGAGUCUAAAAUUGAUAAGAAGAAAAUCAGUUUUAAGCCAAAAUCAAAAAUGGUUAUGUCGUAAAAUAUUGGUGACACGACAAACCCAUGGAAGAAGGUGCUCUGGUUAAAUGACCCUGAACUUUUUGGGCUACAAGCAAUUGAGAUUCAUCUUGGAAAUUAUAUUCAAAGAAACUUCCCUUUUAGUCUGAUUUAAACUGAGCUAUUUUGCAAAUAAAAUUUUGUGAAAACUUUUGAUUUAUGGGUGUGCAAAGCUCACAAAGGUGUACCCCAAGAAAAGAGACCAACUGCUAUAUUAGCAGUGUAAGGUGGUGCAGCAAAGCAUUGACUUAGUGUGAUGAAAUACACAUCUAUGUAUCACAUUUUUAAAAGAUAUUGGUUUAAAGAAAAGGAACAAAAACUAGUAGAAUUUGUCUUCCAUGGCCCAACUAUGCUUCCAUUUGUGUUUUUGAAUAAUGUAUAGCCAGAAUAAAUUACAUUGAAGCAUCUGUUUUUAAAAUAAUGAAAUGUAGAAAAGUUCAGAGAGGAAGGAAUGCUUUCAGAAGGCACUGUAACACAAAC